CAAAAACAAGAACUUUCGUUGCGAAUAACUAGGAAAGGAGCUAUAUUCAGAAAGCAUUCUUUUUUACCUGAAGAGCCUGAGUAUGUGUAGAAAGCCAAAAAUAACUUAUUGGCUUUAUUCAGGAUGAGUUGUACUGCGAGGCUAGUAUUUUCUAUUUCUUUCAUCCAUUCUUGCGCGUUUUGAAGAAAGCGCCGCUUGUUUCAGCAGCACAAAAUGUUCGACCACGGGGGCUCCACCACGACACCGAUCCAAAUCCACGCGACGUCGUUUUUCGACAGCCUUGUAGCUGCUCGACCGGCCGGAAAUGCAGCUUCAUCUGCGAGCGGUUCUUUUGCGAGAGCCAUCAGUACAUCCAGUCGUGCCGUGCCCUUCUUGCACCACACAGUUCUUCACCCCGCAGUCGUAAAAACCGCCUUCGACAGUGUGGAAGACGCGGCGGCUAUCGCACGAAAAAAGUGUUACAGUUUAUUUAAUACACGACAUUUGCUGUGGUCAAUGCAGCAACACAGAUUUUGUCUGAAGGAAGAAAGAGAAAAUUUGUAAAACGCAGAGAUGCUUCAGCUUCUAUGAGAAAAAAAUAGAAAUUAUACCAGCCUACGUAUAAAAGAAGAACAAGGCUCGCAGCGCCUAUGCAUAUCCGGCAUGUAGUUGGCUAGCCUUUUUUGUCUUGCUUGGCCUGCGCCAGAAUCAUGUGUGAGUCUAAACACUUUUUCGUUUGCAUAGCGACCGCGGCAAAGCAAGACGAAACGCUGGACUGGAAGGAGGCGUCCACCAUGCAGGCGCACCCGGAGUCGCCGGUCGCGCCGCUGUGUGAAGAUUUGGAGGACGGGGUUUUAUCGGCGGGUGAUCGCUUACCAGAGUGCACAACUCCCCCUCCCCCUCAUUUGUCAUGCAAAAUGCCAAACCCACCCUUCGCCCUGUGACACUGCUUCCAGCACAGAUUCUCGAAGCCAAGACAGCACUAGAGUCGGUCGUGAACAAUUUGUGAUGCAAAAGCCGCAUCUGUGCCAGCGCUCGUGUUGCUGUGGAUGCCAACAUCCAGAUGAGGGGGAGGGGGAGUUGUGCACUGUCAUAUCGCUGCUGGUCCACUUGCCAGGGGCAAUGUCCCCAGAACGUGCUGAAACAAGGUAUAAUAUAUUGUGCUUCUAUUUAUUGGUACUUAUUAGGUUUGAGUGCAUGUUGA